CGAUGCAUUUUUUUUUUACCGCCGCAAGCCCUCUGCCACUUAACGGCGUUUUGAUUUUAUUGUAAUUCAUAUCAUUAGCAAUUUAUUUAAGUUAAAAGUAUACCAGAUUGGGCAAUUGUUUAUACUAUUUUUUCCUGUUUGUAUAUUUUGAUGGAUUGAGGCUUAGUCACAUAACUCACCUGUCGAUAGUUCCGAUAAGGUUGGCGUAGGGCUGUCCUUACUCCGCCAGUUUGAAAUCCCGCGGUCACAGGAUACGAUGAGUGUGGAAGUGGAGAGGAAGUUUGUGUGUGAUGCCAACAUCCAGGACAAAUUAAGAGAAAUUGGAGCGGUGUGUGUUGGGCAGUGCCAGUUUGAAGAUAAGUAUUUUGAUACCCCAGCCCAUCACCUCACCCUCAGAGAUGUCUGGCUGCGCUGCCGGCAGGGAUCAUGGGAACUCAAAUGUCCGACGCAGGAAAGUGGGAACCCAGAACUGGGCCUGUGCUCUCGUUACAGAGAGAUAACCAGCCUCCCUGAGAUUAUAGCUAAAGUAGAAGCAGUCAUAAAAGAGAGUAGUGGAGAUGAAAAGCAUGAUACUGAGCAGGCUGAAGAGCAGAAAAAAGCUGACAGACAUGAUCAGAGAGCAGCUACAGAGAUGAAGCCUGGGAAAAAAGAAUCGGGUGAAGGUGGUUUUCCGUCGUGGCUGGGCAAACUUAACCUGCUGCCGUUUGCUGUGUUCACCACCAACCGGUGUUCGUUCAGACUUGACGGGGACACCGACCUGGGGGGAGUGCGGGUGGAUCUAGAUCAAGCUGAUUUUGGGUUUUGCAUUGGAGAAAUAGAAGUUCUGGUUCCGGACGGAGAAGAGAUGCAUUCUGCGCUGGAGAAGAUUGAGAGGACUGCCCAUAGGCUGGGUCUGUCUGGUGAUAAAAGAGUCCCAGGAAAAAUGAAUGUCUACUUGCAAAGAUAUUGCCCAGAACACUUCAAGGAAUUAUUCAAUGCUAACAUUUUGUGACAGAAACCUUACAAUCUAGAUAAGGUAAAACAAAAUAGAUUGGCUAGUUAGCCACAUUCAAGGAAAUAUGUAGCAGAUAUUGGUAGUAUUGAUUUUACAUUCAUGAGCUUAACUACACAGUGCCACAAAUGUGUGUUUAGCAGAAAAGGGAACUUGUGUAAUCUGAAAAAAAUUCUGAAUAUAAUGUAAUUGCUGAACAUUUAAAAAUAAAUGUGUAUAUUCAGUGAGUACUUUAGUAUGUACACUUGUGUGUUGCUCCAAAAAGCAAAUAAUGAAAUUGCAACUUGAUGCAUACAUCAUGCAGACAGGAUCAGAAUGUUCACAUAUGGUUCAACACUGAAAUAUAAAGACUAAGAUGUUUAAUCUAAGUGAUUCUAAAUGUGGUGUAAUUGUUGGUGUGAGAUGUGGUGGUUCCAGCAUCUCAGAAAUAGUCACAAGACCAGGAUUUUCACAGUCUGAUGUUUACUGAGAAUGGUGUAAUAAAGAAAACAUCUUCUUGGCA